AUGAGUGGGCUACACCUACCUCUUGGCGCCCGGACUACGCAGCUGCAGAGCCUAGAGAGGACUUGCCUCCCCGGCGGGACAGAGCAGGCGUGCCUUGAGUCUCGGCCGGGGUCCACGUCCUCCUCGCCCAAGGGCCUACCUCAGCUUUCGGAGCGGAGAGAAGCAGGGGAAGGAGGUUGGUCGGCGAGCAGCCUGAGCAACGUGGGUCCCAACAUCUUGUGUAGCGGGGUCACACUGACUGCCGUUCUCAGCAUGCGACAGGCACGACCAACGUGGCUGAACUCACAUUCUUCACAUAGGAUAAAGCAUAAAAAUAAUGAGACAGCUGUAUUGGGAGAAGAUGUGACUAUUUUCUGCAAUUUGACAACUCCAGCAGAUGUUGUGCAAAUCACCUGGCAGAAGAUCCAAGACUCUUUGCCACAAAAUAUUGGCACUUAUAGCGAUAAAUAUGGAGAAAAGAUUCUCCCACCGUAUGUAGAUAGACUGCACUGCAAGAUCAUCAAACCCAAUAUCUCAUUCCUAACUAUCCGGGAAGUGGCAUUUGAAGAUGAAGCCUGCUACAAAUGUCUAUUUAAUGUGUUUCCACAUGGCAGCCAAGGAGGACAAAUCUGCCUUACCAUUUUAACCAUAUCUGAAUUAAGAAAUGAACUCCAGUUCAAUCCUGACUCUGAAGGUUUGCUCAGCCUUAGUUAUUCAGCUGUGGGAAAACCUGCUCCUCAAAUAUCUCUUUUCCCCUCACAAGUCCUCAUGAAGCCACCAGAGGAAUAUCUUGCUCAGAACCCAAAUAGCACAGUAACUGUCACUAAAACGUACACCAUCUCUUUGGAAACGGUGAAGUCCUUAGGACUCCAACACCUGAUUGUGCACGUGGAUCACCCUCUAAGGAAAGCGGACAAGAUUGUUCCCCUGUAUGUAAAAGAAGAAUGUAAGUAG